UUUUUUUUUUUUUUGUUUUUGUUUUUUUUUAUUUAUUUAUUUUUAUUAUAUGUAAGUACACUGUAGCUGUCUUCAGACACUCCAGGAGAGUCAGAUCUCGAUGGUUGUGAGCCACCAUGUGGUUGCUGGUAUUUGAACUUCGGAAGAGCAGACGGGUGCUCUUACCCACUGAGCCAUCUCACCAGCCCCUCUGGGCUCAAUCUUAACCAAACACAUAUCCCUUUACUUCCCGGGUCCCACAUAUUGUCCAUACUGUCUUUCUGAUAACGUGAUCAUUUUCUAAUAUAGGCAAUACCUACUUUGCCAGUUGGAAAGGGGAAAUGCCAGGAAAGACACUCCUCUGGAGCAGGGGAAUAUAGAAGGAAAAGCAAGCAAGCCAGCAUGCUGUCAGAAUUCAGCAGCAGGUAUACUGUUCAGGGAAAAGAAAUUUGGAGAGCCAGGAACUGAGACUUCAUCCAUCUAAAACAAGACCUCUCUUUCCCAGAGAGAACCGUAUUCUGCCAGAUUUCUCCUGGACUAACCCUCUUCUCUCUCUCACUUAGGUCCCAGGUUCUCAUGUCGCCAGGACAUGAGACAGUUCCCGCUAUACAAAUUCUCUCUAGAGUGUGUGUGGGUGGAGGAGCUGGGCUCUAUUCAUGGACCAUGGUCCAGCCAUGGGCUCUAGUCCCAGUAGACAGGAAAAGAAGUCGUCAUUUCCGGGGGAGCCUUCACCUGGGCUUGGUGGCUCUCUGCUCUCUGAUUGGGCGGAAGUGGCCUGGGCAGGCUUGUGACCCUACUACAGAGGAGGGGCUGUACCCCAACCAGUGUCUUCCUACCUACUUGUUCCCCAGAGUGCUGCCUGCUGUGCACCUGGGUCCUGAGGCCCUUCUCCACCCGGACAGAGUCCUUGGCCCACCUCUCUCCCACCCGACUCUGCCGAAAGAAGCACAGAAGCUCAAGCCGCCUCCAUGGCCCCAGGAAAGAUUCAGGGGAGAGGCCCCAUACAGGGAGCCACUUCAGUUAGACACCCUGGCCAGAAUGGAGCUGACUGGUCUGGCCCAAAUGGGGAUCCCUGAGUCACCACCUGAGAAUAAGUUUCUCCUUAUCCACCCUUCACCGUCACCUCUCCUCAUCCAAGAUUUGCUCCUGGCGGCCAUGCUUCUUGCAGUGGCAAGACUAACUCUGUCCAGCCCCGUAGCUCCUGCCUGUGACCCCAGACUCCUAAAUAAACUGCUGCGUGACUCCCACCUCCUUCACAGCCGACUGAGUCAGUGUCCCGACGUCGACCCUUUGUCUAUCCCUGUUCUGCUGCCUGCUGUGGACUUUAGCCUGGGAGAAUGGAAAACCCAGACGGAACAGAGCAAGGCACAGGACAUUCUAGGGGCAGUGUCCCUUCUACUGGAGGGAGUGAUGGCAGCACGAGGACAGUUGGAACCCUCCUGCCUCUCAUCCCUCCUGGGACAGCUUUCUGGGCAGGUUCGCCUCCUCUUGGGGGCCCUGCAGGGCCUCCUAGGAACCCAGAAGAGGCCUGAUAUGUGGGCCUACUCACUGGCCUCAGGCCCAUCCUCUGCCCUCAGCUUCCUCUACAGGGCAGGACCACAGCUCACAAGGACCCCAAUGCCCUCUUCUUGAGCUUGCAACAACUGCUUCGGGGAAAGGUGCGCUUCCUGCUUCUGGUAGAAGGUCCCACCCUCUGUGUCAGACGGACCCUGCCAACCACAGCUGUCCCAAGCAGUACUUCUCAACUCCUCACACUAAACAAGUUCCCAAACAGGACUUCUGGAUUGUUGGAGACGAACUUCAGUGUCACAGCCAGAACUGCUGGCCCUGGACUUCUGAGCAGGCUUCAGGGAUUCAGAGUCAAGAUUACUCCUGGUCAGCUAAAUCAAACCUCCAGGUCCCCAGUCCAAAUCUCUGGAUACCUGAACAGGACACACGGACCUGUGAAUGGAACUCAUGGGCUCUUUGCUGGAACCUCACUUCAGACCCUGGAAGCCUCAGACAUCUCGCCCGGAGCUUUCAACAAAGGCUCCCUGGCAUUCAACCUCCAGGGUGGACUUCCUCCUUCUCCAAGCCUUGCUCCUGAUGGACACACACCCUUCCCUCCUUCACCUGCCUUGCCCACCACCCAUGGAUCUCCACCCCAGCUCCACCCCCUGUUUCCUGACCCUUCCACCACCAUGCCUAACUCUACCGCCCCUCAUCCAGUCACAAUGUACCCUCAUCCCAGGAAUUUGUCUCAGGAAACAUAGCGCGGGCACUGGCCCAGUGAGCGUCUGCAGCUUCUCUCGGGGACAAGCUUCCCCAGGAAGGCUGAGAGGCAGCUGCAUCUGCUCCAGAUGUUCUGCUUUCACCUAAAAGGCCCUGGGGAAGGGAUACACAGCACUGGAGAUUGUAAAAUUUUAGGAGCUAUUUUUUUUUAACCUAUCAGCAAUAUUCAUCAGAGCAGCUAGCGA